GACAGCCGCAGCGGUUCCGUGUAUCCAUGCCAUGGGUGUCAGGCUGUGUGAUUAGCAACAGAACCACCUAAAUGAAAAGCGAUGGACGACAAGGCUCAGAUUCAAGAGGCCAUUAAAAGUCAAGGGGAAAUUGUUCGGAAGUUGAAAUCCGAGAAGGCGAACAAAGAGCAGAUCGAUGAAGAGGUGGCCAAGCUGCUGGAGCUAAAGGCCCGGCUCGGAGGAGACGAUGGAAAGCAUCAGUUUGUCCUCAAAACGCCAAAGGGCACAAGGGACUACAACCCCAAGCAGAUGGCCAUCAGGGAGAAGGUCUUCAACACCAUCGUCAGCUGCUUUAAGCGCCACGGAGCAGAGACCAUCGACACGCCCGUUUUUGAGUUAAAAGAAACGCUGACGGGGAAGUAUGGAGAAGAUUCCAAGCUCAUCUAUGACCUGAAAGACCAAGGCGGAGAGCUGCUCUCCCUCAGAUACGACCUCACUGUGCCCUUUGCCCGCUACCUGGCCAUGAACAAGAUAACCAACAUCAAGCGCUACCACAUCGCCAAGGUGUAUCGCCGCGACAACCCGGCAAUGACCCGCGGGCGCUACCGAGAGUUUUACCAAUGCGAUUUUGACAUCGCGGGUCAGUACGACGCCAUGAUCCCAGACGCCGAGUGUCUGAAGAUCGUCUACGAAAUCCUCAGCGAGCUGGAGCUCGGGGACUUCUGCAUCAAGGUCAACGACAGACGCAUCCUGGAUGGGAUGUUCGCCGUGUGCGGAGUCCCGGACGACAAGUUUCGCACCAUCUGCUCAACAGUGGACAAACUAGAUAAGAUGCCCUGGGAGGAGGUUAAACGAGAGAUGGUGAACGAGAAGGGUCUGUCGGAGGAGGCCGCCGACCAGAUCGGGGAGUACGUCAGCAUGAAGGGUGGGAUGGACCUGGCCGAGAAGCUCCUCCAGGACCCCAAAAUGUGUCAGAGUAAGCAGGCGUGCGCGGGCCUGUCGGACAUCAAACUUCUCUUCAGCUACCUGCAGUUGUUCCAGGUCACAGAUAAGGUUGUGUUUGACCUCAGCCUGGCCCGGGGGCUGGACUACUACACCGGAGUGAUUUACGAGGCCGUGCUGUCCCAGGCCGAUGUGGCCCCGGCUGCAAACGAGGCCCCGAACGGCACCAGCGUGGAGGAGAGCGUCAGUGUGGGAAGCGUGGCGGGAGGGGGCCGCUACGACGGACUGGUGGGCAUGUUUGACCCCAAAGGCAGGAAGGUUCCCUGCGUGGGGGUCAGCAUCGGCAUCGAGAGGAUCUUCUCCAUCAUGGAGCAGAAGGCCGAGGCCUCGGCCGAGAGGGUCCGCACGACAGAGGUGCAGGUCAUGGUGGCGUCCGCCCAGAAGAACCUCCUGGAGGAGAAACUCAGACUCAUCAGUGAGCUCUGGAACGCUGGCAUCAAGGCUGAGGUGAUGUACAAGAAGAACCCCAAACUGCUCAGCCAGCUGCAGCACUGCGAGGAGUCCGGCAUCCCCUUGGUGGCCAUACUGGGGGAACAGGAGCUUAAAGAUGGAGUGGUCAAAUUGCGAGUAGUGGCCACCAGAGAAGAGGUCGAUAUAUCCCGAGCUGAUCUCAUCAGUGAAAUAAAGAAAAGGACCUCUGAGGCGUAA